AGUGACCCCGUCGGCGCCGAGAGCGGCGGGAGGGGCCGGGCGGGAGCGCGAUGGCGGCGGCCGGGGGCGCCCGCCGGUAACGGCCGAGCUCGACCGACCCGCCGCGGCCGGGCACCGCCGGGGGCCCUCCCCCGGCACCGCCUCCGCCGCGCCUCCGGGACCGCCGGGACUCCCGGGACCGCCGGUACUCCCGGGGCCGCCUCCCCCGCGCCGCCUCCCCCCGGGCCGGCGGCCGCAGCGGGGCCGGGGGUCCCGGGCCCGGCCCGGGGCUGGGUCCGCCGGCGCGGGGGGCGGGAAGCUGGCGGAGCUGGGCCGGGCGGGGGGCGGCGGCGGGGCCGGUGCUGGGGCCGGUACCGGGAUGAUGCGGACCCAGUGCCUGCUGGGGCUCCGCGCCUUCGUGGCCUUCGCCGCCAAACUCUGGAGCUUCCUCCUCUACAUGCUGCGCCGGCAGGUCCGCACCGUGAUCCAGUACCAGACGGUGCGAUACGACGUGCUGCCCCUCUCCCCCGUGUCCCGGAACCGCCUCAACCUGGUGAAGAGGAAGAUCCUUGUCCUGGAUCUGGACGAGACCCUCAUCCACUCCCACCAUGAUGGUGUCCUGCGGCCCACCGUGCGCCCCGGGACCCCCCCGGACUUCAUCCUCAAGGUCGUCAUCGACAAACACCCCGUGCGGUUCUUCGUGCACAAGCGGCCCCACGUGGAUUUCUUCCUGGAGGUGGUGAGCCAAUGGUACGAGCUGGUGGUGUUCACGGCCAGCAUGGAGAUCUACGGCUGCGCCGUGGCCGACAAGCUGGACAACAACCGCAGCAUCCUCAACCGCCGCUACUACCGGCAGCACUGCACGCUGGAGCUGGGCAGCUACAUCAAGGACCUGUCGGUGGUGCACAGCGACCUCUCCAGCAUCGUCAUCCUCGACAACUCCCCCGGCGCCUACCGCAGCCAUCCCGAUAACGCCAUCCCCAUCAAGUCCUGGUUCAGCGACCCCAGCGACACGGCCCUGCUCAAUCUGCUGCCCAUGCUGGAUGCCUUGAGGUUCACAGCCGACGUCCGCUCCGUCCUGAGCCGCAACCUGCACCAGCACCGGCUGUGGUGACGGCAGCCCCGCCCUGUCACCGUCACCCUGUCACCGUCACCCCGCCGCCGGGACGGGGACCCCCGGGCCCCCCCGCGAGGGACAGAGCCAGCGCCGUGGGGCGGCCCCCGGCCCCCCACGAGGGACUGUGCCAGCCCGUGGGGACCCCCUGCCCCCCCCGAGAGGGAUGGACUCUGCCCCGGGGGGAUGCGGAGCUCUGGCGCCAUGGGCGGGGGGCACGUGGGGGCCGCCCCCCUCCACCAGACGGACAGACGGACACGGACAGACGGGUGCUGCUGGCCCCGCCCUCUUGUUUUUAAAAGACCUGGGUCCCA